AUGGGAGUGCCCGCGGUGCUGCUGGUAGUGCAUUUCCGCCAUUUGCUGGCCGUGUUUGCCAACUCCACGUACGUUUGCCGAGGAAACAAUUUAUUUAUUGACAAACCUGUCUGGAAAAACCUGCCGACGGAUUUCGAGUUGCUCGUGAGCUUGUACGCUUUUGGAAAUUUACAUUAUGGCCAUGUACAGUGUUCGUGCUAUGUCAAGCGCCGGGGUCACCCAUACGUGGUUGUUGCUGCACGGUGA